AUGUCAACCAAAGCCAAAGUAACACUGGCUACAACAACACUCGCUGCAAUUGGUACAGUGGUGUUUGUACACUACCAGCAGAAGGCCGACCAAGCAGCUAUGCAUUUGGGCGUGAUCCGCGAUAUGGAGCAGCAGAGGGUGAAGCGAGAAAGACAAGCCGACUUCGAGAUGCAGCGACAAAUGGAAGACGAGUACCGGAAAGUACAGAAAGUCAGUGAUGGUCAGGGCACCGGUGCGUGA